AUUUGUGCAAGAAUCUACAUAACUCACAUCAGACAAAGAAUCUAAAUUAUCCAUAUUCACUUAUCUUUCUCCUUUUCCAAAUUUAUAAAGAAUUAUGGCUCAUGAAAUUUUCUCAGGAGAAAAUGGCGAUCAUGUUGUGAGAAUACAAGAUGAUAAUAUGAAUAACAAUGGCGAUGAUUCUUGUUGCUUCCUCACUCUACCCUUUAUACAAAAGUUAAUAGCUGAGGCUAUCGGAACAUUCUUCUUGAUAUUCGCCGGAUGUGCUGCCGGCGUUGUGGACGCCGACAAAGAGAAGGCAAUUACUCACGCCGGCGUGGCCGUAGUGUGGGGCCUCGUUUUAAUGGUCAUGAUUUACUCCGUCGGACAUAUUUCCGGCGCACACUUUAACCCCUCAGUCACUAUCGCUUUCGCCACGUGUGGCAGAUUCCCAUGGAAACAGGUACCAGCAUAUGCCGGAGCUCAGAUAUUGGGAGCAACCCUAGCAAGUGGGACCCUACGAUUAUUGUUCAGUGGGCCCCAGGACCAAUUUGCUGGGACCCUCCCAUCGGGUGCCGACAUGCAGUCGCUUGCGCUCGAAUUCAUCAUCACUUUUCUUCUCAUGUUCGUCAUAUCUGGAGUCGCCACAGACAACCGAGCUGUAAUUGAGCUGAAACCCCCCUUUGCUAUACAUAUCAUCAAAAUCCAAAUUAAGCCCAUUUCAGGAGCAUCGAUGAACCCAGCAAGGAGUUUGGGCCCAGCUAUUGCAGCGAGCAACUAUAAAGGAAUAUGGAUCUACCUAUUGGGCCCAACAGCCGGGGCCAUAGCUGGGGCCUGGGUUUACAACAUCAUCAGAUUUACGGAUAAACCCCUGCGUGAGAUUACAAAACCCGGUUCAUUUCUCAAGAGCUCGUCUCGGGUCUUGAUUAUGGGUGAUAAUUUAUCAGGAGCAAACGGGAAUAACAAUAAUGGUGUGACAGUAAGAAUACAAGAUGAUGAUGAUGAGUCAAGUGAUAAGAGGAGCUCUGACUCAGCGUGUUGCCUUCUCACAGUGCCCUUUAUUCAAAAGAUAAUAGCGGAGACACUUGGGACGUAUUUCUUGAUCUUCGCCGGAUGUGCGGCGGUGAUUGUGAACGCCGACAAGGAGAGAGUGGUGACUUUGCCGGGAAUAUCGAUAGUGUGGGGAUUGGUUGUGAUGGUGAUGGUCUACGCCGUCGGACAUAUCUCCGGCGCCCAUUUUAACCCCGCCGUCACCCUCGCUUUUGCCACCUGCAAGAGAUUCCCUUGGAAACAGAUUGGAGAACUUGCUGGUCUAGCUGUUGGAGCUACCGUUUUGCUUAACGUUAUGUUUGCUGGGCCCAUUUCAGGGGCAUCGAUGAAUCCAGCAAGAAGUUUAGGCCCAGCAAUAGUGUGGAGGCAGUUCAGGGGAAUAUGGAUCUACCUAUUGGGCCCAACAGCUGGGGCAAUUGCUGGGGCCUGGGUCUACAAUAUCAUAAGAUUCACUGAUAAGCCCUUACGUGAGAUCACAAAAAGUGGGUCUUUUCUCAAAAGCGCCUCUCGAAAUACCUCAAAGUGAAUAUGUGUAAUUUUUUGAAUGUGAUAAAUCACUUGUUUGUAACUUUGACCAACAUUUUGUUGUCAAUUAUUUAUAUUAUUUGUUGCCAAUUAAUUUAAAAUCACAUGAUCUUCCUUGUUUCUUAAUUGAAUAUUUAUGGAUUAGCCAUAUUAAUGGAAUUUUACUUUCGAUUGGGGGCUUUACUAUUGCCCAGAUGAAGAUUUAUUUCAGUUUAUU